UUACCGCACACCUCCAACUACCUUACUCAAGACACUCUAUAAAUAUCUUAAUCUUUUCCAGCCUUUUGUAACCCAUAUAUCUCAUGUUUGUUUCAUCUCUCUCUCUCUCUCUCUCAGAUCGUCUAGUUUCGGUCAUGACGAUUUACAAACUAGGGAACUACUUUUCUUUUUCUUCAAUCGUUUCGCAUCUGAAAUGGGCUUGGAACUUCUCUCUUCAUUACUUUUUGUGUCCUUAUCAGAUGCCUGAAAUGGGUGCUGAAGAUUUUAACCUAGGGAGCUGCAAUCACUACUACAAGCAAGAGUUGCGUGAGGAAGAUGUGGAAUGUGCUAUUUGUUUAUGCAAGAUUGAUGAUGAUGAUGAGAUCAGAGAGCUGAGAUGUGACCACCUUUUCCACAAAGUUUGCUUGGAUAGAUGGAUUGGAUACCGGCGUUCUACGUGUCCCAUUUGUCGCAGUUCUCUAAUUCCUCGGAGACUAGUUGCCGGAAUGGAAGUCAUACUUUUCAAUUAUUGUUCUUUUGAUGAUUCUAGCUACCGCGAGACCUGGUGGCUGCGUUAAGAAUAUAUAGUCAUUUAGUUGUGGAAAAGGCUGGA